AUGUGUCGCCACUCAAGGAAUGACUGUAUUCCUUUCGUUAUCACUCUCACUCUCGUCAUCGGCGGCAGCGCCGUUUUCUACGUUUUUACAGCGCCAUUUCUGUGGAAGGAAUUAGACGGAGGACAAGCGGCAGUCGUCAUUUCGUCUCUCAUCUUCAUUUUCCUUUCGGCCAAUCUAACUUGGGCAGCCUCACUAGACCCUGGCUACUUCCCGAAAGUGGACGAGUGUGCUGAUGAUUUCCGGACGCCUUUGUAUCGAGUGAUUGAGAUCAAUGGCAUAACAGUCAAGAUGAAAUGGUGUGAGACGUGCAGCUUCUAUCGGCCGCCGCGCACGUCGCAUUGCAGCCUUUGCAACAGAUGUGUCGAGGAUUUUGAUCAUCAUUGUCCAUGGGUAAACAACUGUGUGGGGAAGCGGAACUACAAACACUUUUUCCUCUUUCUUACUACUCUGUCAGUCUACAUCAUGACAAUAUUUGGUUUAUCCCUAGUCCACGUUAUUACCAAACAAGACGACGUUAGUGAUGCUCCAGUGAUUGGAUCAAUAUUUGUUUGCUGUUUGGCGUUUUUGGUGUUUAUUCCUGUUGUUUGUCUCACGGGAUUUCAUGUGUAUCUUGUCAUGCGGAGACGAACAACGAAUGAAGAGGUAACAGGAAAAUUUCUGACUGGUUAUAAUCCAUUUGCUUAUGGUUGCUGUAGGAAUUGUGCAUUGACACUUUGUUCUCACCGGAUUUACUCGUAUCAUGGCUAUCAUCGUCAUGCACAAAGGAGGGCAGAGAAUCGGGCGAAAAGGAAACGGGCACGGGAAACGCCAGUGGACCUAAGCGAGACAGCACUGAAAGAUAUGAGCAAUGGUUCCAACUUUAUGAGAGCAGACACAUCUGGAGAAAGCUUGCAAUCACCUGUCACUCACGUCACCAUAACGGUUGAACUUGAUUCUUGUGGACCAUCCACGAGUAGAGAAAGUACCCUAGCCAGUACUCCCAUACGAAACAAGCCAUCUACGGCUGGUGUCUCUCCUUCUUCUGCGUCUGCUCUUGCAACGUCUUCACCAACUCGAGAAGGGACAGAUCACACACCAGAAUCGAUUCGUCCUUCUUUCAUCAGUAACUAUGAAGUUUCUAUUUAAGAGAUCCUGUGAUUAUGCAGUUGGUGGUGUGUGGUGCUAUAUGAUAUUGCACUUACAGAGAGUAGUGUUAUAGCUUGGGCUGCAGACGGAGACACUGUUAGCCAGCCAGAGUUUUAAGAUGUCUGUUGUACAGAUUGACCUUGUUGUAAUAGACAACAUUUAUACAGACGUUCUUAGUAUUGGAAUGACAUCACUAGGUUUGUGUGAGAAAUGGUUGGUGAUGUGAUGAAAUCAUGAUGCGUAUGGAUUGCUUCUUGAACUAGGAGGUGAGAGAAAAGUG